CCAAAAGACGAUGACUUUUGCCAGUGGCAGUUUCACUCCAAUCUUGACCAACAGUUUGAUUGCUUCUCGAAUAUGGACCCCAAAUUGGAGAAAUGGGUUUUUCUCCCCUUUCAAUAUGGUGCACACAUUUGCCUCAACUCGUAGCCGUCUGCUCAAGAACAAGAAUCACUACAAAAGAUUGACGCUUUCUUCCUGCAGUAGAAGCUUCAGCUGUCAGUCCACUGCUUUGUCUGAUAUCAAUUCAACUUCUCACACUGUUUCCUCAAAUGGCCACCUUAGAUAUGGACGCUUGAUGCCAUGCCCUUUGCAGAACAGCCCACCUAGGGUUGAGCAUCUUGUCGUCACAAAAGAAGGACCUGUUCUAGAAUAUAUUUGUAAAGCUUUGGAUCUCCCUCCAUUAUAUGUGGAAGACCUUAUACAGUUUGGAGCUGUGUAUUAUGCACUUGUAUGUCCUAAGCCACCUCCGACUGCCAGUCCUGAGCAAAUUAAAGUGUAUGAAGAAGUUACAGAUCCAUCAAUUCUGAGACAGAGAACUUCAAUCAAAGGGAAAACUGUACGUGAAGCUCAGAAAACUUUCAAAAUAACUCGUGCUGAUGAAAUUGUUGAAGCUGGAACGUAUUUGCGAGUGCAUGUACACCCUAAGCGCUUUCCGAGGUGCUAUGACAUUGACUGGAAAUCUCGUAUUAUUGCUGUAACCGACGACUAUGUGGUUCUGGAUAAACCUGCUGGUACAUCUGUAGGAGGAACUACAGAUAACAUUGAAGAAAGCUGUGCUACAUUUGCUACUCGAGCAUUAGGAUUUUCAGCUCCACUGCUUACUACCCAUCAGAUUGACAAUUGCACUGAAGGAUGUGUUGUGCUGGCUCGGAGCAAGGAGUACUGUUCUGUAUUUCAUGGAAAAAUCAGGGAGAAGAAGGUCAAAAAGCUUUAUCUUGCUCUUGCUGCUGCUCCGGUUCCUAUUGGAAUACUUACACACUACAUGCGUCCUAUUAAUAUGGCCCCAAGACUUGUUUCUGAAGAUUUUGUGAAAGGAUGGUUGUUAUGCCAACUUGAGGUCUUAGAAUGCAAAAAGGUACCCUGGCCUAGUAGUGAAAUCCAGAGGACAUACAACCUUGAGGACUGUGGAUGGGCUUUGAAAGACUUUGCAUAUGAGUGCCAAAUCAACCUUCUAACUGGUCGGACUCAUCAGAUUCGAGCACAGUUAGCUGCAUGUAGUGCGCCAGUGGUAGGUGACUCAAUGUAUAUGCCAGCUGCAAUUUCUGAAAUAGUCUGUCCUGGGAGUAAUCCAUUUGGGAAGAACAAAAAACUAUAUUCAAACGAAAAUGAUAAAUCACUUGCAAUAGACGAGUGGAUAGCACAACAUGGGAAGGAACCUAGUGUUGCUGUAGGUCUUCAGGCAUGCCAGAUCUCGUGGGACGACGGCCAGCACUGUUAUGGUGCCAGAUUACCCUGGUGGAGGUAGAUAAAGCUUGUGCUAAUGUUUAAGCCUGGCUUCAUCAGAUAAUGUGGCAGGCCUGACAAAUUCUUCGGCACAAGCUUUGUGUUGUAUGGUACCUCAGCUGGUGAUAGAAAGAGGAAGCUGGUCAUGAUGUCAGCAAUACAGCAUAUACUUAAGUUAGAGGUGAUAAUAGGAUCAUACUGUGAAGUUUUGUUGGGAUAUGUAAGAGUUACAUUUAUGUUGAGAGGAACUUUUCCGAACCAUGAAUUUGUGUUAAUUAAUAUCAACCCUUGCCAUCUAUUAUGCACCAAAGGCAAAUGAUAAACUUUUGAAGUUCUCCUUCCUCUUGACUGUGUUCUCCUGUUCUUUCACUCUCUUGGGGAGAAAGCUAGACGAGAAAGAUGAGGGAUUUGAGGGGGAAGGCAAGAUGUUAGAUUAUGGACUGAUACAAUAGUAACAUACUAGUAGGAUUUUCCUCUUUAACUUGCUGACCUGUCAGAUGUAAAAAUUCAUGUGUCUUGCACUAGAUGUAUGCAUGGCUAGGCUGUCAUCUCGGGGUGUUGAGCGAAAGUUAUUUGGACUUGUUUUCAUCUGUGAAAAAAGGAGUUGAGUUCCUACUAACCCCACUCCUCACCCAACCAAGCACCACCACUUUUUUCUGGAGAAGAAAUGUUCAUCUUU